CACUGUUGCCAUGGCAGUCCCAAGUGAUAACUAAAAAUAAACAGGAUAAGGCAUCUAUGUAUGCUUCUUUGAAGCAAGGAGACCUUCUGGCAAGAAAAGUUAGGCUUAUACCUGCAAGAAAUCAAUAAAAGGACUUCCUAAAUAUCUGGUGCACCCUUUCACUGCAAGGUGGACAGAUGAUAAGCAGGAAUAUGGAAACAGCACAAGAACUCCCCCGAGUCGCCCAAGUUCAACUUCAUCAGAAGUACUGGGUAACAGAAGACAGUAAAGUCAAAUUGCUGACUGUUGGUGCCAAAUGCUUGGAUAUAGUCACUGAGAGGGAGCAUUAUUACGACACGGAUUUAGAUGAAUUAGCAACAGCUCAGCUGUGGCUGAGUAAAAGAAAUCAACAGUGGAGUCUUAUACUAGAAUCUCAGAAGCAACCAGCUGAAGAAAAUCCUGCCAGUUCCGCUCCUGAAAUACGGGAACCUCUGUAUGAGAGCAGAACAGAAAAUACCGCCAUCUACAGAAGCUCACAAGAAAGGAAAGCCCCAGAAAUGUUAUGUGUUAAUGACCAAAAUAAUCAGCAGCAGGAUUUGAAUGAAGAAGACACAGCAAAUGCAUCUGCAAUAUCUAGUUCCACAUAUGCUGAGCUGGUAGAAGAGAGAGAGAUAAUCACUUAUCUGGCAGAUUUUUUACACAUAGAUUUAAAAACCAAGAAAGGAAGUGUGACCAUGGAAGACUUUCUGCAGAAGGCUGGCAUCCAACAUUAUGCAAGCAACCAUACUGUUCAUCGGGCAAAAUAUAAGCUGGCCAACCGGUAUACAAUUAUCAUUCAAAGGGACGAAAUCUCUUUGGAGGAGACUGCGACCAUACUGUUAGAUGUGGAUAUUUCAAAUAUAUGCAAAGGUUUUGAAGAAAUUGAAAAGUUAGCAAAUUACCUGGGAUUUGUUCAAAAUGUACAAGGACUCACCGUGGAGCACAUCAAAAACAGACAAUAUGACCGCACACCUGUUCAGUUUUCAUAGAGCUUUGGGAGGGAAUAUCUAAAGAUACAACUGCAAGAGCACUUCAUUAAACCCAAUACCUUUACAGAUCCUUACAUGGCUUGAAAAAUGCAGAUUUAUGGCAACAGUAGCAGUACAGCUAGCAUCAGCGGUGAUCUAUGAAUAGCAUAGUGAACAGCUGCCAGGGAGAGAGACAAUGUUGAAGACAGCCCCUCUAAAAUGAACCGCUUUAGAUGUCUUCUUCCUUUCAAAAGUACACAGGUGGCUACAUGUUCAUUCAAUUAUAUAAAUCCUUCAACCAAACAACCUUAAUCUUCUCAUUCAACAGUGGAGAAAAUCAUGCUGCCUACAGAAUGCAUCUGCCUGUGGCAAUCUGAGUAGCCAUAAGUAAACAGCUUAAAACUCAGUUUCUUAUAAUUCAAUAUAAACAUUUUACAUACAUUCAGUAUGAUAAUUAUUAAAAUUCAAGGGAGAGAGUGUAUUGGAGUUAAUGUUUUUUGCCUAGCUGUUUGGAGAUCAAGGCAAGGGGGCAAAUUUCCUCUUCCUUCUGCAUAUGUUUCUAUUUCUCAAAAUUCAUCCCUCCUGAUUCUGAAGUGCAACUUUUAUAGUCAUGUCAACAUUUCCCCUCUUAUUCCUGAACUGAAAAGAGGUGCAAAGAGAAAUCAAGUCAGUCUAUUUUGGUUGUCACUUAACCUAGGAAACAAAUAUACAUAUCUUCAAUACAAAGAGUUGUGUGGGUUACUCUGUCACUGCAGUACAGAAAGAGGAUUUUUUUUUUCUUUAAUGGGAAGAGGAAACAUUUCUGAAUUACUUGAUCAAUAAAAGUGGGUAUCAAUUAUGCUUGGCUAUGAUUUUUUUUAAAAACCAUUCUGCUUUAUGACUAUCUUCAAGAGCUGUUGCCCACUCACUCUUGAUAAAUUCAAUCAGCUUUUUCAAGGCAAAUCAACAUACAUACAAUGAAUCUUCUAUCUGCAGCAACAAAGAUACACUGUACACCAGUUUGAUUUAUCUGACAAUGCAUGCAUUGUUUGAUGACAACCAAAGAACUUAUAAAAGUAUUGUUUCCCACCUGUCAUGCCUGACCAAUUCUAUGACUAAUUCCAAAAUCUUGUAACUAACCUGUUACUCAAAUCUUUCAUGCUAUAGCAGAAUAAGAAUGCUAUUGAGAUAAUCUAACAAGAUUAACCAGUUAAUAUGUCUAUCCUACAAACUCCCUCACAAUCCACUAUAAAGUGAAAUAUGAAUUUUGAUAAAAUAUACUUCACACAAGCUGCCUACAUAUAUUUCUAAAGCCUAAACAAUCAAGAUUGACAACUCAUAUGGCUGAA